AUGGUUACUUAAAAUAUAGAGAUUUCCUUUAAAUGGUAAAAUGCAUCCCUUCAGCUGUCAGUAAGACUUUUGAGAAAGCAUAAUGAAAGAAGCCAAAAAGGACUAAGACACGUUAAUUACAGUGAUUUGAGGUAAGUAUCAACAAAAAUGAAAUUACCAUCUUUGAUCUAGAUGGAUAUCAAACAAAUUUUAAUAAUUUAGAGCUGUGAUAUGGUCUACUAUUUAUUAAGUCUUCAUUAGAACGGUAAAUUUUUAGACAAUGAUGCUUGA